CGUUCCCGGAGUAGGAGGGCUUUUGAACGGCAGCUCCUUCCCGACUGGAGAAGCUGUGGUGGCGGGGAAGACCCCUCCUCUUUGGGGGACAGUGAGUGACGCCGAGUGCCGGUGGUGCGCUUCUGCGCCCGUCAAUACUCCGCGGACUGGCAACUAGCUCCUGGAGUUUCCGCGGGGAAGGAUCUCAAUGGAUAUUAUAAAAGGCAACUUAGAUGGAAUUUCAAAACCAGCCUCAAAUUCAAGAACACGUCCUGGUAGCAGAGGUUCAAAUGCUUCUUUGGAAGUACUUUCAUCAGAACCAGCAUCCUUCAAGGUUGAUACUGCAAUCAAGUUGAACUCUGAUAGAGAUGGCCACUCAGAAAGCAGUAAUACAGAGGAAAGGAGAAACAAUAAUGAUGAUAAAAGGGAAAACUACUCUGAGAAAAUAGAGUUGUCUGAGGAGGGGUCAGAUGAUGAUCUGAUCGUGGUUCAACAUCAGAUAAUCCCUGAAUGUUCAGAUGAACCUGAGUUAAAAGAAAUAGAUUCUCAACUUCAAGAUGCUAUUCAGAAGAUGAAGAGGCUUGAUACGAUAUUGGUGAAGAGACAAAAUAGAGAAAGAGAAAUUAAGAAGCAAGGGCUAGAAAUGAGAAUAAAGCUGUGGGAAGAACUUAAGUCUGCAAAAAAUAGUGAAGCUUUGGAAAGUAAUGAGGAGAUGGAAAAUACAAAAAAGUUUCUAGCUUUGACUGCUGCAUCAGAAGAAGCUGUUGAAUCAAUAGAUCCUUCUUGCUAUGAACAUGAAGACACCUUUUUCUCAGUGUUUCGCACUCAAAUACCUCCGGAAGAGUAUGAAAACCAUAAAGAGAAUGUCAAUCAAGAUUUUACCUAUGAUGUUGAAAGAAAUGAGUCAUUAAACAAAGCAGAAAUGGAACCUUUUUCAAAUACCCCUGAACUCAGAGGUAAACACAGCCAGGAUUUUAUUAAACGAAACAUUGAGUUGGCCAAGAAUUUUGGAAAAUCAGUGGUUAUGGUUGACAGAGAGAAGAAAAGGCUGGUCGAACUUUUGAAGGACUUAGAUGAUAGAGAUUCGGGGUUGUCCAGUUCUGAGGGGGACCUGCCUGGCUGGCUGGUCCCAGGAGAAGGAUACAGGCUUGCAGUCACCCAGCAUCAGCAGCUUGCUGAAAUUGAUACAAAACUCCAGGAACUCUCUGCAGCCUCUCCAGCAAUUUCCAGCUUUUCACCAAGAGCUGAAAAUCAGAACAAUCAGGAACCUGUCCUUACCAGUGAUGAGAAAAACAUGGAAAUAACCCCAGGAGAAAAGGUACUUCAGAACACCAAAGAGCAACGGGAUCAGCAAAAUCGGUUGAGAGAGAUAGAUGAAAAGCUGAGAAAGAUGAAGGAAAAUGUGUGUUUUGAUACCUUCUGCCACUGACAAAUAGAACACUACUCUGACACUUGGAAUGGUUGAUGAAGAACACUGAAAUCAUAUUGCUUAAAACCACCUUGCCACUAUUUUGUUCUACAUUUCAAGAGAGAAAGACCUUUAUUUUGUACGUAUUCUUUAUAAAUGAGGAUAAGACAUGUAAGAAUGGAACUUACAUACCUAUAGUAAUGAAAACUCAUGGUAGUGCUAUUAUAUUUAAUUUGCAGAUUUUCCAAUCCCUGUUAAGCACUAUCUUAAUAUUCAGGACAAAAAUAGCAGAGAUUUUCCAGUUUUCUGGACAGUAGGUUGAUUUGUUGCAUUCAUAUAACUAGUAUAUUAAAUAUCUGGCAACCAAAGGCAAUAUUUGUCAUCAGAAUAGACUAAUGACAUUAAAGAGGGGAAAACCCCCACAUUUUUAGUGUAGUCUGAAAGUGGGGGGGACAAUUUCAUGGAGCACUGAGUUGCAUUCCCAUGUCCAGAAUACACAGUCCUUGGGAAUAAUUAUUCUAUUCACUGCUCAAUAGGUUUCCCACAUGUGAAGGCUGCCAAGCUCUCCUGGCUUCUAACUUAGGAGCUAAUGAGAUUUCCUUACUGGGCUUAAAAAUAGUCUUUGAGUAAAUGUAUGGCUUUCCCCAUUCACUCAGAAAUGGCUACAGAUGGACCAAGUGUGGCAGGAUAAAUUAUGUGAUUGAGCUGUUUUCCAAAAUGUACCUCUCAUAAUAAUAUAUCUAAAUUUUUUCUGGUUUUCUAGAGUUCUCCAAGACUGUCUUUAUGACUGAGUAUAUGAUCUCCAUCCUUAAAUUAGCAGCAAAAUUAUUCUUAAUAAAUAAUGGGAUAUGGUUUAACAUCUACCACUGUACACUUUCAGUUUUAUCUAUUUAUAUUUUAUUUGAUCUUGAUGAAGUACAUAAUUUUGUUUAUCAAAUGAAGUUAAGUAGAUUGCAUAUUACACUAUGGAAAUUCAGAAGAUUUGUGCUUUUAGAUAAGUUUUUAGAGAGUUAGGCACUUCAGUUUAUUAUUUGGAUUGCUGGUUUAAUAUAUCAUUAAAUUUUAUAUUUGAGUUUUUAUUUGAUAAACGGGUAUCUUGGUAUUGCCAAUCUUUUAGGACUUAACUUUUCAGGCAGCAUUAUAUUACCAAGGUCUAUCUCUACUUUGGCAUACAUCAGUAGCAUAUGCUUUUUGAGGGCUGUGUAACAUUCCAUAGGGGGUUUAUUGUCUACAUUUAUUUACACAUUUUCUUGAAAACAGGCAUGUGGGUUUUUUCCAGACUUAUGUUAUAAAUGCUAUUGCCAUGAACAUUCUUGUAUAUGUCAUCUGCUCUACGUGUAUAAGAGUUCCUCUAGAUCCUAUUUUGGACUGGAAUUGCAAAUGGGUCAGAGUAUCUGAAUGGUCAGCUUUACAAAAUAAUGCAGUCCUGCCUUCCAAAGUAGUUGUACCAGUUUACAUUUCAACCAGCAAUACUUAAGAAAUCUUGUUCAUCCAUAUUCUCUCUAAACAGUUGUUAUUAUUAGACUUUUUAAUUUUUGCUAAUUGUGUGGUUUUAUAAUGGUCUUCAUAUGCAUUUCUCUGGUCACUAAUGAGGUCAAAUAUUUAUUCAAAUAUUUAUUGCCAUAUAUAUUCCUUCUUUUAAAAAAUGUCUGUUCAUGUCUUUAGCGUAAUUUAAAAAAUUGGAUUGGUUGAGCUUUUCUUAUUCUUACAGGAAUUUUUAAUAUAUUUUUGAUAGUAAUCUUUUGGUGAUUUAUGAAUGGGAGAUAUCCUCUCCCAGUUUGAAACUCAUUUUUUCACCUUCUCUAAGGUGACUUGAAUGAUCAGAUAUCCAUGCUUUUAACAGGGUCAAAUUUAUUAAUAUUUUAUAAUGAAAAAUUUUGUGUCUUUUAAAGAAAAACUUCCUUGUCAAGGUUAUAAAGAAUUUAAAAAAAAUUUCAACUUAAACUUUUCAGUUUUGCUUCUGGUAUUUUAGUCCUGAUCCAUCUGGAAUUCAUUUUGUGUGGUGUGAAAUAGAGGUUCAAUUUUCAUUUUUAUCAUAAUUUACCACUUGUGUCAUAUAUUAAAAUUAUAUAUGUGUGUGGGAUUUAUUUCUGAGCUCUCUUCUAUUCCAUAGGUCAGUAUGUCUAUUCCUGUCAUAGUCAUAUUUUGUUAAUUAGUUAGCUUCAUAAGAAGCCCUAAUAUCUCACAGGGCACAACUUCCCUCAGCAACUCACUAGAUUCUCACCCAAUUUCCCAAAGUGAAUCUUUCACCUUCAUCUUAAGAUGAGGAAGUUGGGGCUUGGAGAAGUUCAAUAAAUAGCCCAGUGUCACACACUCAGUAACUGGCAAAACCAGGAGGCACUCCCUGGUCUGCUGACUCCAAAAUCCACACUCAUAGCCACUGCCUGUGCAGAUAUUACUCCCUUGGAAGUCUUUUCAUGCCCCUAUUUCCUGGAUGUUGACUUGGAAGUAUGUGGAGCCCAGAACUCAGGGAGACCAGCUGGGUGGGUGACCAGUUGGAUUCUCUGUGCCAUAUGGGAAGCCAACUCCUUCCUAAGGCAAGAAAAGCUUUAGAAACUUUGGGAGCUAUUUGGCCAUUUAUCUCCUGAAGAUUAAUUCUAAAAUGAUUUAAAGCUGGGAUUGGUAGGUUUGAGAGAUUUUUGUAUUAUUCACUUGGGUAAGGAAUAUUUAGAUAUGUAGCACCUGUGGCUCUAUUUUGGAUUUUUAAGUCAGAAAACUAGAGGGUUUAUAAAACCUUUGGAAAAUAUCUGUAGCAUGUGAAAUUAAGUGAGAGAGAGCUUAAUAAAAAUAUGCAUUAAUGCAUGAAUCUACUGCCCUCAUACUAGGCACAAGAGAUCUCUGUUGAACCUUGGGAAAAAUAAACUUACUCCCUUGGCUUUUAUGGAGGUGGCACUAAAAUUCUGUGGUUGUGCCCAGAAAUGGGGUAGUUGGCAUAGAAUGAAAACAGUCUGCAGGAGCCUUCAGAUUCUUUAAAACACAACCAAAUUAAACAUUAACAUAGUCUUUACAGAAUGAAUCCCUGAUUCUCUCAUCCUGCACAUACAAUUGAUUUUUUGAAAAAGAAAUUGAACUUAAAAAGUUGAUCUACUCUUCUACUCUUACCAAGUAUUUAAUUAGUCAUGAUUGAAGGAUAAAAGAGUGUAAUUUUCUGUUUAAAAUUCUUUCCUUCUACAGCACACCAAAAAUAUGAGAGAAGUUUUAGGAAGAACUGUUAAAUUUUAGUUUUUGUCCUUUUGCUAGUUCCCUGCCUU